AUGGACAACUUAACCGAUGAUCUUGAUCCAUUCGAUGUCAGCCAACUAUUUGUAAAACUCCUCAAGGGUAGUUUGUCGGCCUCAAACAUCCACAAAGUCUCUUUGUUUGCCUACCGGUUCCGUGUUCACCAUCUCAUUCUCUUUGAAGACUUGAUUACUGUAAUGGGAGAGUCGACACUAUUGAGUCGGCUGAAUCUAUUCUAUGUCGUAGAUGCCCUCUGCAAACAAAGUAUCAAGUUUCAGUUUACUGGAUAUGUUGAACUCACAAGACUUUACCACAAAAAACUCGUUGAAUGCGUGGUCGAUUGCGUGCGAUCAAAGGAUGGGUCUUUAGCAAGAAAACCUCACCGAGAAGGUGUUGCUAAUGUCGGAAACGUUCGAAAGGUACUAAGCUACUGGCGAGGAAAAGAUAUUAUUGCUGCUGAUCAGUAUGCCCAGUUGGAUGGGUUUUUGUCUAGCUGGAUGGACAAGUCUAUAGACUCCGAAACAAUCUCACAGCAGGCAAAAGAUGCUAUACUAAGGAGAAUGGAAGAAGAUAGGGAAAGGCAAAAAAAAUCUCGCGAGGAAACGUGGCUACGACCUAUUUUGGACACUCUAGAUGGCGCUCCUCCAGAUAUAGAUCCCGAGUUUUUGCAAGCAUGGGGAAAGCCUCAUUCUGUAACCGAGGCAGAUAUUUCUGCAAUGAAGACGUAUCGUGAACGCAUAGACACUUCAGUAGAGGAGAGACUACCUCUUUCGAAACCUGCGUCGCCCAUGUCUAUAAAACCAAUCUCUCAAUCGUCCAAUCAAUCUUAUUUAAAAGAUCAAUCGCGAUCUGUAUACCAAUCACAUACCGACUCUGCGCUCUCUUCGCAAGCAUCUAUCCCAUCACAUGUUCGUCCAAUUCCACAGCAGUUUUAUCAGGGAAUACAACCCACACUUCGACCCGGCCAACCUCUUCCACAGCGCCCUCCAUUUCAACAACAUUCACAAAAACUUCAUCCACAUACUUUAUACAAUCAAUCGCACAGUCCAAUUCGACAUACCAAUGCACUGUUUUACAAUGGUCAAGGUUCAUCUAGUCAUAAUCCUGCUCAUAGCUACACUAAUUCUGGAUCCAUCUCUCGUCGACUAUCUGGAUCUCCACCAAAUAUACCGAAUUCCAUGUAUCCCCCAUCUGUUAUUCCACCAGUACAUGUUACAACGUUCACGUCUGGCGGAUUUCGCCCCAAAAACGGUCAUUUCCCCCAGCUAUCACCUCAGAUCUCAGUGAACAACCUUCAUCCACAUCCACAUCCGCAUCUGCUGCCUUUACAGUCUGCUCAUCAAUCACAACAGCAACGCAUUUUGCUUACACAACAAAAACAGCAUAAUCUACCUAGUAAUUCAUAUUCCAGUAGCAAUUUACAACAUCACCAACGGUUUCAAACACAGCAACAUCCACAUAGUCAACCAUUACAACUACCUGUCCAACCACCUCCACCUCAUCAUCAGCAACUCUACCAAAAUCCUACAACUAUACAAGGCACUUCCCAAAGGCAUUCAUUUCCUACACAAUCCAGUUCAGGAUAUAACAGCUCGUCAUAUACAAAUCCUCGUGAUGACCAACGAAAGUUUUCUCAGCAUACUAACCGGCGCUAA